CACCUUGUCACUGCUUUAAAUCCCCCCAACUGUCACCCGUUGUCAAACGCUUCGUAACAUGCAGGCCAACGGGGCAGGACAUGACCGAGACUCGGAGCUGUCUUGCCGAAACGGUGCGCAAAACGGCGAGCCGUCCUCCGUUGGGGGAGCUCACUCCAACGGACUGUCAGUCACAAACAAUGGAAACUCUGUCAGCAGCAACAACAACAACAACGCCGCGUCGACCCAGGCUGCGUCCAACAACAGUCCGCCGUCCGAGGUCACGUCCACCGUGAAAAAGAAGAAGCGUCUCUCUCAGUCCGAGGAGGAUGUCAUUAGAUUGAUAGGGCAGCAUCUACACGAUCUAGGACUGAAUCAGACGGUGGACAUGCUGAUGCAGGAGUCUGGUUGUAGAUUGGAGCAUCCUUCGGCAACAAAGUUCCGAAAUCACGUAAUGGAAGGAGAGUGGGACAAGGCUGAGAGUGACCUGAAUGAGCUGAAGGCAUUGAUGCAUUCUCCAGGUGCUAUUGUGCGUAUGAAGUUCCUGUUACUCCAGCAGAAGUAUCUUGAGUAUCUGGAGGACGGCAAGGUUCUGGAGGCACUGCAAGUCCUUCGGGCUGAGCUUACCCCUCUCAAGUACAACACUGACCGCAUCCACAUCCUGAGCGGGUACCUCAUGUGCAGCCACGCAGAGGACCUGCGAGCUAAAGCUGAAUGGGAAGGCAAAGGCACUGCGUCCCGCACAAAGCUCUUGGACAAGUUACAGACAUACCUUCCCCCGUCGGUGAUGUUGCCACCUCGCAGGCUGCAGACCCUCCUCAGGCAGGCAGUAGAGCUGCAGAGAGAGCGCUGUCUCUACCACAACACCAAGUUGGACAGCGGUCUUGACUCUGUGUCUCUGUUGCUGGACCACACUUGCAGCCGGAAACAAUUUCCCUGCUAUACCCAGCAGAUCCUUACUGAGCACUGCAACGAAGUGUGGUUCUGUAAGUUCUCCAAUGAUGGCACCAAACUGGCCACAGGAUCUAAAGACACCACAGUCAUUGUGUGGCACGUUGACAUGGAAACCCACCAGUUAAAACUGAUGAAGACUCUGGAGGGUCAUGCGUAUGGCGUCUCAUACUUGGCAUGGAGUCCUGAUGAUGCAUAUCUGAUUGCCUGUGGUCCUGAUGACUGCUCUGAACUGUGGCUUUGGAAUGUACAGACAGGAGAACUGCGAACAAAGAUGAGUCAGUCCCACGAGGAUAGCCUAACAAGUGUAGCCUGGAAUCCAGAUGGCAAGCGUUUCGUCACAGGUGGCCAGAGAGGCCAGUUCUACCAGUGUGACUUGGAUGGAAACCUCCUUGACUCAUGGGAGGGAGUACGGGUCCAGUGCCUCUGGUGCUUGAGUGACGGGCGUACUGUACUUGCAUCAGACACACACCAACGCAUCCGUGGUUACAACUUUGAGGACCUGACGGAUAGAAACAUAGUCCAGGAGGACCAUCCCAUCAUGUCUUUCACUGUUUCAAAGAAUGGAAGAUUAGCUCUGUUGAAUGUUGCAACUCAGGGAGUGCACUUGUGGGACCUACAGGACCGCGUGCUGGUAAGGAAGUAUCAGGGGGUGACCCAGGGCUUUUACACCAUCCACUCCUGCUUUGGAGGACAUAAUGAAGAUUUUGUUGCCAGCGGGAGUGAAGACCACAAGGUUUACAUCUGGCACAGGCGCAGUGAACUGCCCAUUGCAGAGCUGACAGGUCAUACCCGCACAGUCAACUGUGUGAGCUGGAACCCCGUUCUGCCGGGUCUGCUGGCCAGCGCCUCAGAUGACGGAACCGUCCGUGUGUGGGGGCCUGCUCCUUUCCUGGAUGUCCAGGAUGCCGAGGGGCUGAACGAAUGUUGUAGCAUGGACAGCUGAUGGUGACCCCAUGGCUGAGCAUCCACCAUACUUCUGAAAUCAAGGGGAAAGAGAUAUAUUUGACUCUUAAACAGAUGAAGCAAAGGAAAUGUGAGUUUUGGCAACU